UCUCACAUCACACCCUACACCAAAUCCCCUAUAAAAGUGGUAACAAGAACAAGGGGGAUAAGAAGCCAAAGAUCAAAUUGCAAGAAGAAACACUGAAGAAACCAAAACAACAAGAGGUAAAAGAGGAUCUCCCAGUUCUUCUGGCCUGGGCACUACCUUCUUCUUCCUUCCAGUGCCUACCAUUGCAAUAUUGCAUUGCUUCUUCAUAUGACGGUGUAGCUAGCAAAAACAACGCAUUGAUUGAGUGAGUGAUUUGAGUUUGAGAGAUGAAGAGCUACGAGGCUAUCAGAAUCUUGGAUGAUGAUGAUGUGGAGAAGGGUUUAAACCACCAGAUCUCCGAUUCAGGUUCCGCCAUUGUUCUCAUCAAUAAUGGAGACAUUCACAGGAACAACAAGGUUCAAGAACAACAACACUCAACAACAACAACAACCACAACCUCUUCCACGAACCACAAACCUCAAUCACAAUCUCAGCGUCUGGUUUCAAUCGAUGUCUUCCGUGGCCUCACCGUCGCGUUGAUGAUACUGGUUGAUGAUGCUGGUGGACUACUUCCGGCGCUCAAUCAUUCCCCAUGGGAUGGUUUAACAAUAGCAGAUUUUGUCAUGCCACUAUUCCUUUUUAUUGUUGGUCUUUCUCUGGCACUCACAUACAAGAAGCUGUCUUGUCCAGUGAUUGAAACGAGAAAAGCAAUUUUACGUGCUCUUAAGCUUCUAGCAUUAGGCCUUUUUCUUCAAGGAGGUUAUUUCCAUCGCAUAAACGACCUGACAUUUGGAGUGGAUAUGAAGCAGAUAAGACUGAUGGGAAUACUGCAGAGAAUUGCGAUAGCAUAUUUGCUUACGGCGCUAUGUGAAAUUUGGCUCAAAUGUGAUGAUAUUGUUAAGUCAGGAUCAUCCUUAUUACGGAAGUAUAGAUAUCAGUGGGCGGUGGCUUUCGUUCUAUCUGGGUUUUAUCUUUGCUUGCUAUAUGGAUUGUACGUUCCUGAUUGGGAGUAUCAGAUUCCAACAGAUUCUUCUUCAGUGCCAAAGACAUUUUCAGUUAAAUGCGGAGUAUGGGCUGACACGGGACCGGCCUGCAAUGUUGUCGGGAUGAUUGAUCGUAAGAUAUUGGGUAUACAACAUCUCUAUAGGAGACCGAUAUAUGCACGGAUGCCGGAGUGCAGCAUUAAUUCUCCUGACUAUGGGCCAUUGCCUCCAGAUGCUCCUGCAUGGUGUCAGGCCCCUUUUGAUCCUGAAGGACUCUUAAGUUCAGUGAUGGCUAUUGUUACCUGCUUGAUUGGCUUGCACUAUGGACAUAUCAUUGUCCAUUAUAAGGACCACAGAGUUAGGAUCAUACACUGGAUGAUCCCAACCUCUUGUCUUAUAGUUUUUGGCUUUGCUUUGCACUUAUUUGGAAUGCAUGUAAAUAAAGUUCUCUACUCAUUUAGUUAUACAUGUGUCACCGCUGGUGCUGCAGGCAUCCUCCUCGUCGCGAUAUACUUGAUGGUUGAUGUAUGUGGAUAUAGCCGAGUUACGAAGGUUAUGGAAUGGAUGGGCAAGCAUGCACUGAUGAUAUAUGUCCUCGCAGCUUGCAACAUUUUCCCUAUUUUCCUCCAAGGAUUUUAUUGGGGAAAUCCUCAUAACAACAUUCUCAAGUUAAUUGGAAUUGGUACAUGAAGAGGUUGAGGCAGAGAUGCUGGUGGAUAAGAUUAUAAGACAGUGUUAAAAGAUGAGACAUUUUUGUUUCAACUAUGUCUGAAAGUGUCGGCGGCAACCAUGCGAUGCUCGUAGGUUUUGACAGGGUUUUGGAGCUAGUCUUUUGUUCAAAGAAUGUGAAUCAUGUUCCUCCAAUCUCUGGAUGAUGUCACCUGCAUGGAUGUAUAUAUCUUAGACUAGUUACAUUUCUUGAUGGCACAAUCUAUAUAUAUAGAGCAGCUUUUUGUUUAUAGUAUGACUGCUAUAUAUAUAUUGCUUAGUUUUUGUAUCCUUGAAAUGAUAGAUUUCAAGAGGGAUUAAGCAUACGAGGCAUUAUCAAAUGUACAAUUCAAGGGUUAUAAUUAUUAUUACUAUCAGCCUAGA